AGUCCGCUCGAUUUGUGUGGAUUUAAAACUCUUUUUCACUCCUCGUUUUUGUCACGGAAGGAGUUUUGUGCUUCUCUUCAGCUCGUCUGAUCUGAAAUGAUGGCUGCAUGUCGGAGCUUGGCGCUGACCCAUGGAGUAGUGCGAUGAGUACAUAAAAACAAGCAGACUUUAAGCCAGAAAGGAUUCUUCUUCUGUGUGCUACGAGUUUUCUAACUGUGUGUGAGGACCUCUGGGAGUACAAGAAUCCAGUCAAGGACUCGUCCAACCCCCACGCCCCACUUUAGCUGCAAGAAGAUGAGAGUGGAAAAAUAAAGCUCCGUGAAGUCGAGAGGAGCUUCAUGAAUUCAAAGGAAUCUUAAACUGUAGGGAUCAGGCAGCCAUGUGCACGUUAGCUUCAACCGUCCAGCGUCUUGUGGCUGCCGCGCUGCUAUUGGCUGGAAGCCUCCAAUCAGUGAGUGACAGCGAGGAUGAUGUCACACCCCGCAUCAGUUUCCCCCACAAUGCCAAGGAGAGAUCGGCCAAGAGAUUCUCUGUGGACGGCGUCUUCAAUUACACGUCUCUGCUGCUCAGCCAGGAGGACGACAUGCUGUACGUCGGAGCCAGGGAGGCGCUGUUUGCUCUCAGCCUCUCGGACAUCAGCAAGACCAAGCUGCGAAGGAAUCUGACAUGGGGCACUCCUGCUGGAAAAAGAGAAGAGUGCAGCUUUAAAGGGAAAAAUCUGGAGACUGACUGCUUCAAUUACAUCAAAAUCCUCCUGCGGCUGAAUAGCACUCACCUCUAUGUGUGUGGGACAUACGCCUUCAGUCCUGUCUGCGCCUACAUAAACACGUCAACGUUUUCCCUGGAAAGAGACGAAGCGGGCGAGAUUGUGAUGGAGGACGGGCGCAGCCGCUGCCCUUUUAACCCAGAGUACAAGUCCACUGCCAUCAUUGUGGAUGGAGAGUUGUACACAGGUACUGUCAUUAACUUCCAAGGGAACGAGCCAGUGAUUUAUAAAAGUCUGGGUCAGGGGACUGCUCUGAAAACUGAAAACUCCUUAAAAUGGCUACAAGAUCCCGUCUUCGUUGGGUCGGCGUACAUUGAGGAGAGUCAGCCAAUAGGAAAUCCCGAGGGCGACGACGACAAGAUUUACUUCUUCUUUAGCGAGGCGGGGAAAGAGAUCGACUUUUUUGACAACACCAUUGUGUCGAGGAUUGCUCGUGUUUGUAAGGGUGACCGGGGAGGUGAGCGAGUGCUGCAGAAGAAGUGGACGACCUUCCUGAAGGCUCAGCUGCUGUGUUCCCUCCCCGACGACGGCUUCCCCUUCAACAUCAUCCAGGACAUGUUUGUCCUGAAGCCCACGGGGGACAGCUGGGAAAGCACCGUUUUCUACGGCGUCUUCACUUCCCAGUGGUAUAAAGGAGCGUCGGGCAGCUCGGCGGUGUGCGCCUUCAGCAUGGCGCAGGUGGAAGCAGCCUUCAGUGGCCGAUACCGAGAGGUCAACAGGGAGACGCAGCAGUGGUACACCUAUAACCACCCGGUACCAGAACCACGACCUGGGGCGUGCGUGACCAACCACGCCAGGCAAAUGGACAUCCACUCGUCCCUGCACAUGCCUGACAAAGUGCUGAACUUUGUGAAGGACCACUUCCUGAUGGACGGUGUGAUCCGCAGCGCUCCCCUGCUGCUGAAGCGCAGUGUGCGGUACACGCAGAUCGCCGUGCACAAGAUCCAGGGCAUGGAGAGGGCUUACGACGUGCUCUUUAUUGGAACAGAUGAUGGGAAGCUGCACAAGGCCAUCAAUGUCAAUGAUAAGAUGCACAUCAUCGAGGAGAUGGUUCUGUUUGCCGAGCCUCAGCCUGUGCAGCAUAUCGAACUUGACUCUCAGCGGGGUUUGUUGUUCGUCUCGUCCUACUCUGGCCUGGUGGAGGUUCCUGUGGCAAACUGUUCUAACUACCUGAGCUGUGGUGAGUGCGUGUUGUCCAGAGACCCCUACUGCGCCUGGACCGGGCGGCUGUGCCGGGACGUCAGGAUGGCUCCGCCUGACAGUCACUGGCAGCAGGACGUGGAGGAGGCUGACACGGCAGCGAUUUGCAACACGACAGUUUCCAGCCCCAGAUCUGCCAGACCAGCAGCUGCUCGUGGUUCCCGUUGCAAGCUCAUUACAAUCCCAGCUAACACGUUUCGAGUUCUGCCCUGUAAGCUGCGGUCCAACUUGGCUCAGAGGAAGUGGCGCUACAGUGACAGCUCCAGCCAGUUCCUGUACGCCACCCCAGAGGGAAACCUGGUCGUGGUGGCUCAGUCCGAUCGAAUGGAGACGUACGAGUGCUGGUCACAAGAGGAGGGCUUCAGCCAGCUGUUGGCUAACUACUGCGUGAGAGCAGAGCCCCGCCAAGAAAGCACUACUCUGAUUGGACACUCGCGUACGCCCCACUUUCCUCGGGAAGAGACCAUCAUCCUGCCGGGCGAGUCUCGUUCUGAGCAGGUCCACACAAAGACGUACUGGAACGAGCUGAUUGUGGUGUGCGCCUUGUUGGCGUUCUCCCUCGUGGUGUUCUCUUUGUUCGUCAUCUACAGGAACCGGGAUCACAUGAAGUCCAUGCUGAAGCAGGGCGAGUGCCCCAACAUGCAGCAGAAAAAAACGAGGAUAGUCGGGAAGCCCACGGAGAGCUUACCCCUCAAUGGCAACACUAUCCCCGUUUCCACUUCAGACCACAAGGGCUACCAGACGUUAAAUGACAACUACAUCUGCAGCACGCCCACAAACGAGUCGUCCCCAGACAACAGCAAGAGCUUCUCAGAGUCCUCAGAGAGGCGGCCGCUCAACCUGAAGGAGAGCCACGUGGAGUACUCCCCGACGUGCCCUCGGCCCAGAGUGAGGUUAGGCUCGGAGAUCAAGGACUCUAUCAUAUGAGAGCACAAAUCUCCCAAAACAUCUCAUUUCUACGAGCAGUACAGGCCACCAAGCAAAAGGAGAGGAAAUCUUGACGUCCUCCUAUGUCACAGCACAUCUUUUAUUUCAGCCAUCUUAGCUCUGUGAUCACUGCAGAGGUCAUUUUAUUCAAGCGUUUCCACUCCGAAGCCAGAAGUUGGUCUGGUUUGUUGCUGUAGCAGG